AGAGAACGGCGUCCCACAGCUGAGAGGAACCACCCAGGAGCAAGAAGCGGCUGCAGAGAGGGAACAGGGCCACAGAUAAGUCUGACCAUUUUAUUUUCUGAUGGUGAGAGAGAAAGAAGUCAAGGGAUUGCUGCUUCUUUGAACCCAGUGUAAGAACAAUUUCUUGCUCUUGGAAGCCGAGCUUCCGGCCUUGCAGCGGGUUGGGCUAGAUGCCCUUGGGGUUCCUUCCAACUCUAUAAUUCUAUGAUUCAUCCCUGCCCUGAACUCCGUAAAACUGGGUGGAUGACGCUGCAGGUUAUUUCAGAUGAGCUGUUUACUGAGCCUUCAUCCUGAUACGUCUGCCCAAUGCUCACAUGGAAGUUAGAUUAUAUCCAGAUUUAUUGAUUUCUUACAGAGCAUUUGUUCUGAUUUCUUGGCAAGGCAGUUAUAACGACCAUGAGCAUUCACUCUGCAUUCAUCUUGGGUUGCUUGCAGAAUGUCUACCUGCCUUCUGGCGUGCCAUUUGUUCAUCUCAGUACAUUUCCCCCAUUGCUUUCCAAAGUGCAAAAAAAAAGAGAAGUGGAUUUGUUGUUUUUCUGGUAUGCACUUGAAUCCCUCCUGCAGAAUACUGAGCCCCGAGGCACCUCAGUCGAGAGCUGCAAUUCUCUGCUUCUGAAUUGUUUCCCUGCACACUUCUAUUUGCAUAUGCUGUGGGUUAAACCACAGAGCCUAGGACUUGCUGAUCAGAAGGCUGGCGGUUCGAAUCCCUGCGACGGGGUGAGCUCCCGUUGCUCGGUCCCUGCUCCUGCCAACCAAGCAGUUCAAAAGCACGUCAAAGUGCAAGUAGAUAAAGAGGUACCGCUCCGGCGGGAAGGUAAAUGGCGUUUCUGUGUGCUGCUCUGGUUCGCCAGAAGCGGCUUAGUCAUGCUGGCUACAUGGCCCGGAAGCUGUACGCCGGCUCCCUCGGCCAAUAAAGCGAGAUGAGCGCCGCAACCCCAGAGUCGGUCACGACUGGACCUAAUGGUCAGGGGUCCCUUUACCUUUAUUACAGAAUAGAAAUUCUAACCAAUGACCCUGCUCUUUGGCGGCAUCAUGGGGGCAAAAUCUCUGAAGCCUUUCCUACCUAACUGCUUAUACUGGGAGCAGAUUGAGCAGCCUAGAAUCACAGAGUUGCAGAGUUGGAAGGGAUAUCAAGGGUCAUCUAGUCCGGCCCCCUGCAAGGCAGGAAUCACAGCUCAAGGAUCCCUGACAGGUGGCAAUCCUUAAAAAACACUUUUUUGGAGUCUGCUCCCAAAAUGAACAGCACUUGGGAUUCAGCCACACUUCUGUAUUUCUUAGGCACGGAUCUGAGAGGUUUCACUUUUGAUCUGCCACUUUCACUGGGAAAAUCUGCUGUUUACCACGGAAUCGGAACAAAUGUCAAACUGCAGAAAGCCCAGCUGACCUUUGUUAUGAUUCAGAAGGAAACAGUAGGUUUUCCUGGGGAAAGCAGCAAGGCAAAAGGAGAACCUCUCAGACCCAGGCCUAGGAAGUAUACUUUGAGCAGAAAUGUGGAUGAGAUCUCAGAAAGUUAUUCCUAGUGCUCAGUCGGAAUCUCCUUUCUUUGCCAUUUGAAUCCAGUAGCUCAGUUCCUACCCUCUGGAGCAGCAGAAACCAAGUUUGCUCCAUGAAACAAUCUGCCUGUUGCUUUUCCUCUCCUCCCUUGGCAAUUGUGCUAUAUAAAGGACUGAAAAUAUUGGCUGCAAUACCUCGACAGCCAAAGUUAACGAAACAUACUUUUAGGCUUGUAAUUUGGGGUUUGCCCUCCCCAACUUUGUGGUUUGGGAAGAAGGCAAAGUUUGAUUUUGUUUUGAUGCAAAUAAAAAGCUUGAACCUUACCUUGAAUUCACCAGAUCUGUGAACCCCCAGGUCUGUUUUCAAGUGUCAAGACACGGCUUUGAGAUAUCCAGGCUGGAGAGAAAAACUUGCUUCUUUUGUUUUGUUUUUAGAGGAGAGGGCAGCGAAGAUGGCCCCUUUCUGUGUGAUCCUGCUGCUUCACCUGGUGGGAAUAUUCCCAGGAGACCUUCAGGUAUGAAGAGGGUGCAAGCAGUGGGAAUUAAAAAUCAAGAUACACACACACUUCCCGUCCAUCAGCCUCCUCAAGCCAUCUCCUCACGUAUUCCUUACUGUGGUUAUUAGUAUUGCACCUAUGGAAGCAGUAGGAUGAAUAAAAACAGACCUUUCUUGGAAAUAAAAAAUGGUCCAGACCAAAAAUAUGGCUUCGAAGCUUUACUCACAGAAUUUUCUUCAAAGCAGACUUAAAACAAUAGUGAUACAUCCAAAUAGUUGCAUAAAAUCAUGUGCUUUUCAAGCCCGGGUUCAGCUCCUUAGAAAUGCAAAAUUACUCCAAACAGAACUGGAAUCAAAACUCUUUCACUCCACACAGACUUCAUCCCAGCCUGAAGCUGUUCCCUCCUAGAGAGAAUCAUCACUAGUAUAGCCUCUUUUUUUUUUUUUUGGUGGUUUGAGAACAAAGACCACUCCCUCAAAAUGGAGAUUUGCAACUGAAUAUCUUACUCGUGUGAUCUAAAGUUAAACAUCACAUGAGAGAGUAGCAGGGAGACAUUCUCAGCUGAUUAUCAACCUGUUAGGUACCAGAGAUAUCUUACUUAGCUUCAAUGGAAUUUUCCGUGUUCCCUUUAGCAAUACACAUACAGAGCUAUUUUCCAUUUUUAUGUGCAAUUAAACAAUUAACAUUCUUUUCUGCUCCAGGUCCUCUGUUUCCCCAUCCAAAGGAGAGACCUCUUCCCCAUCAAAGUGUCCCCACUCGACAUGGCCUUGACCUCUUUCGAUGACCAGUAUAAGGGAUGUGCGGAGCAGAUGGAGGCUGAGCUGACCGAGCUGAACCGCACGGAGUUCGCCCAAAACAGAGUCUACGCCGAGGCCUGGGAAGAGGCCUCCUCCCAGUGGGAGGGGCGGAAAACCCCUUUGCCCGCAGGGCUCAAGCCCGAGUACGUCAUCGCCAUCAUGGCUUACACCAUCCAAGGGCGCCUCCACAGGGAUUUCAACGCAGCCGUGAGGGAAGCUGGGCGCACGAGAGACUCUUACCUCAACAACUUCAACUUCAAGACACUUCACUUCCUCCUGACCAGGGCCCUCCACGCCUUGGGGACCACCUCUCACCCCAGGUGCCAAAAGGUGUACCGCGGGGUGCGAAACAUCCGCUUCAUGUCCGAGCGCCUCAAGGCAGUCCGCUUUGGACACUUCACGUCCUCGUCGCUGAAGAACGAGAGCGCCCUUCAGUUCGGCACGGACACCUUCUUCACCAUCGAGACCUGCUAUGGGGUCAACAUCAAGAACUUCUCCUUCUUCCCCGGCGAGGAAGAGGUCCUCAUCCCCCCCUUUGAGAAGUUCAAGGUGGCCAACUUCACCAAAGCCAAGGAGACGACUUACAUCCAGCUCCUCUCCCUCGAAGACUCCAGUGUCCACAACUGUGUCUUUGUGAAAGGUAACAGUCCUGUUGCUGGGGAGCAACAGAGUUAAAAAAAUAAUAACCCCCUAUAUAGCACCCAUAGAUGUGCAAGGUCGCCACAUUCUCCUUUCUAUGUAAACCAAACAGCGCAGGUGGCUCAAGACAGCCAGCCAAGCUGCCUCUGGAACAAAAGAAAAAUGGAAACCUCCAGGUCAUUCAGCAAGCCAAUCAAAAGGGAGUGGGGAUUUUGGAUAGCAAAUAUCACAACCCUUGAGUGCCUGGAUGUGUACAAACCUAUUCAGAUGACCCAGUCAAAAUUUGGGGGAAGACCACAGCUGAACUCUACAAUGUGCCAACCCUGAUGAAAUUGCAGGGGGAGCUAUCCAAUGCGUUGGUUAUCCCUCCCUUAGAGAGGCACUAAACAUGUUAUUAUCUGCAAUGUAGGGACCCCCCCUGGCUCUGCGGGGUGGGGAAGAGGGACAUAUUCUGUGUCCCAGUCUAAAUUUCUUGAGCUGCUCAGUAAUGGCACCCAUGAUGUUUUGUAAUGUCAGUGUUUCCAGAAAGCAGGUAACUGUCCUUGCUUGGAGAACGCUAGACCAGUGAUUCCCAAAUAUUACCUAGCUGGGCUCUUAGAGGGAAGGAGGUGGCUGGGGGAUGUGCUGGAGGUGAAAAUGAACUAUCAGACUUUGACAAGCUGGUACCCCUGGAUCAAGCUCGUCCAUUUUGUUGACUUAAUCAAACUAAACCAAUUGCUAAAUGGAUUUUGCAAAACUGUGCAAUUAAUUGCUGCUGUUUUGCAUUUUAUUGUGUUGCUAUCCUCCUUGGUGGGUUGUCCGAACCUCUGUUCUGAAUAAUAAAGGUGGACUCUCCUUCCUUGGAGGUUGUUAAGCAGAGGUCGGAUGCCCCUCUGUCGGGGGAUCUUUAGUCGAGAUUCCUGCAUUGCAGGGGGGCUGGACUAGAUGACCCUGAGGAGUCCCUUUCAACUCUACAAUGCUAUGAUUCUAUGAAUGACUUGCUUAUAACUAUCUUUGCGUUGCUCUUUGCAGAGAAAAAGUGCAAGCCCCCAAGGUGCCGGACCAGUUCAGGUGAGGGAGUAGCUGAUAAUUCUCUUCCCCCACCCCCACCCCAGACACUCAUGCUAUUAAAAGUAUGCUAAAGUCCCCUCCUUUUUUUCUUAUAUUGACAGGUGCAAGUCAGAGCCAUCUCUCUGCCAGUGUCCAAAUGUCCUUCUUUCUCUGGGGUUCCCUCUUCCUUGCUGGCACCCUGGGACCCCCAGACCUCCUCUGAUCUCCAGGAUCAAACCUCUGCCUCUCCGCCGCCCUUCGCAUAGUCCGCUCCUGGGGAAGCAAAACAGGAGCAAAUCGAAUGCGGCUGAGAGCGAACGUUAGUCUUUGCUUGAGUUAAGAGGCAAGAGGUUCGGCGGCUGCAAAUAAGCCACUUUCUAAACCCAGAGUGUGUUGCUGGCAAGAGCUCCAUGGCAUCUCGCCCCAUUAUCCCUUUGCUGUUGCAGUAGCAAUUUACGUACCGUAAAUGGCAAUAACAGACCUUCCAAUCGCCCCUAUUUUCCAGGAACAGUCUUGGAUUUACAGCAGACGUCCCAGUUUAUGAUUUGAUCCCGGAAUGUCCCACUUUCCCUUUGUUGUUGUUGUUUAGUCAUUUAGUCGUGUCUGACUCUUCGUGACCCCCUGGACCAGAGCACGCCAGGCCCUCCUGUCUUCCACUGCCUCCCGCAGUUUGGUCAAACUCAUGCUGGUAGCUUCAAGAACACUGUCCCACCAUCUCGUCCUCUGUUGUCCCCUUCUCCUUGUGCCCUCCAUCUUUCCCAACAUCAGGGUCUUUUCCAGGGAGUCUUCUCUUCUCACGAGGUGGCCAAAGUCUUGGGAUCUGUCCUUCCAGUGAGCACUCAGGGCUGAUUUCCUUCAGAAUGGAUCGGUUUGAUCUUCUUGCAGUCCCUGGGACUCUCAAGAGUCUCCUCCAGCACCAGAAUUCCAAAUCAUCCAUUCUUCGGCGAUCAGUCUUCUUUAUGGUCCAGCUCUCACUUCCCUACAUCACUACUGGGAAAACCAUAGCUUUAACUAUAUGGACUUUUUUCGGCAAAGUGAUGUCUCUGCUUUUUAAGAUGCUGUCUAGCACUUUCCCUUAGGAUGUCCCUAUUCUCAUCGGAGAAAUGUUGGAGGGUAUGGAGUCAUGCGACCCCCGAGCCAAGGAGAUAAGUAACUAGACAACCUUUGGAAGACAUCUGAAGGCAGCCCUGUCUAGGGAAGAUUUUUAAUGCUUGAUGUUUUAUUGUGUUUUUUAUAUACGUUAGGAGCCGGGGUAUAAAGGUUAUUAUUAUUAUUAUUAUGGAACAGGGCAUCCCUAUUUUCAUUAGAGAAAUGUUGGAGGGUCUGCAUUAGACUGCUAACCAGGGGAACUUGUUUUCUGCGCUGCGUUCAUUGGACUCCAGCUUCCAUUGGGCCAUGCUUGCUGGGGCUGAUGGGAGUUGGAGUCCAACAAGAUCUGGAGCUCACCAGGUUAGCCAAGAAGGGUUGGACUAGAGGACCUCUGGGGGUCCCUUCCAACUCUACGAUUCUAUGAUUCGAAGAGCCUGGCUGCUAGAGCAGAGCAAAGGAGGCCCACCUGGGCCACCUCCAUCGGUCCCAGAUGAAUCUCCUGGGAAGGCCCCUGGCAGGACCAGAGGGCCAUUCCCCACUUAACGCCUAUGUUUCGUGACUCUGCAUUUGGACAAAACCAGCCUCCGGAGAAUUGGCUAGUGGGGUGCCAAGCAAGACAGCCCCACGCCGGGUGUCUGAUCUCAGCAACCCCAGCUGUAACCAGCAAGGCAUGUAUCUCAGGGUUCAGAAGGAGUCCUCCUUUCCCAGGGAUGGCCAUAGCUGGCCCAGCCCUGCAGCCUCAGGUCAGAAGGUUAUGGACUCUCCUUCUCUGGAGGCUUUUAAGCAGAAGUUGGAUGGCCACCUGCCAGGGAGCCCCCCCCCCUUAAUGCUUUUUAUUGAUUUUCCAACACGACAAAAAUUAUACAUUCCAAAUAAAACACAAAAGAAACAGCAAAUUUCCAAAUAAACCAAUAUAUACCACUAUAUAUACAAAUCCUUAAAGAGACUUAUGUUGUUUAAGUCUUUUUCCUGAUUCACAAAUUCUUAAUUCCUCCACAUGACUUCCAGCCUCUGCCCUGAGGGUUCAUCCUCCCCCCCCCUUUUGUUAUCACUGCUUCUGUAUGCCUUAGCUCCGUUUCUUUCUUUCGUUUUGUCUCAUGUAUUCUUAGUCUAACUUGCAGCUUGCAGAGCUUGGUCAAAACAUGUCCAGGUUUUCACUUGUGGACAAUGUUUAAUUAAAUAUCCUGUAUAAAUUCCCCAGGAACUGUACUGCCAGGGAGCCUUUAGCUGUGAUUCCUGCCUUGUGGGGGGGGGAUGGACUAGAUGACCCUCGGGUCCCCCUUCCCAACUCUACAAUUCCAGGGAAAGGCACUUUUAAUCACAGCUGCCUCCCUAAAACAACCCCUAGCUCACCAUGACCCCCAAGGCAUGGUCCCCUCUAGAACAGGGGGACCCUCCAGUGGUGAACCUACAUUUCUGGGGUCCUGAAUCUUGAACUCUCAUGGGGACCCCUUUGCCACCAGCAGUGAUGUCUAGGUAACCACUGUUAUCUUCUUCCGAGGCCUUGUUCCAUCUAAGGCCACUAGAUCUUUACAGCAUCUGUGCCACAGACUCUCAAACUUUGGGAUUGUUGAAAUAUACACAACAGAAAAUCAAUCCAUUUGAGUCCUGAGACUUACCGUAUUUUUCGCUCCAUAAGACACACUUUUUUCUUCCUAAAAAGUAAGGGGAAAUGUCUGUGCGUCUUACGGAGCGAGUGCGUGGUCCCCGGAGCCGAAUUGCCCAGAGGCAAAAAGCAGAUGAUGCUUUUUUUUUUUUUUUGAAAGAGGAAAGUGGGUGUUGAAACAAAGCGAUCGGGGAGAGAGAUAAGGGAUGCUAGCAAUAAAGGAGGCUGCCUGGGAGGGGGGAGGUAAAGACAGCAAACUUGCAAAGGGGGGGGGACAGGAAGACUAAAGCUAUAAGGAGAGGAAUUAGAAGAAAAGGAGGAGCAAAAAAACUGCUCCAGCUAAGGAAAAGACACUAAGGCAAACAAGGGGGAAGGGAGUGUUGAAACAGCUGAUCGGUGGGAUCGGAAGAGAGAUAAGGGAAACUAGCGGAGGCUGCCUGGGAGGGGGAAGGUAAAAGCCCCUGGAUCCUCAGGAUUUUUACAUUGGGUCACCCCAAAUUCACCAUCAGAUCACAUAGCAUGUCCAUGGCUACAGCCUGCAGCAAAAAAAUCACGCACCCACUGUUGCGUGGGGCCACAAUGGCGCAAAAACGAGGAUCCACAUAGAUCCUCAGGAUUUUUGCAUUGGGUCACCAUCAGAUCACAUGUCUGUGGCCACAGCAUGAAGCACAAAAAUAAUACAUCCACUGUUUCGUUCAGAAUAUUUCCCCCCCUUGUUUUCCUCCUCUGAAAACUAGGUGUGUCUUAUGGUCAGGUGCGUCUUAUGGAGCGAAAAAUAGGGGGGGGGGUUCUACAAGACCCAACAAUUGUAAGCAAUGUGCCCUAAAGUCACUGCUGGGGUCCCUCCAGGGUUAGGAGCCCUGAAGCUGAACUUUCAUUGGUUUCAGACGAGAUCUGCUCCUGGGAGCUUCCACGCCAGCUGAGCUUCUCACCACGAACAUCUCCUUCUUGAAUGGAUUAAGUUUUCUCCAUCCUCAUGCAGCUUGCAUGUUUGGACCCUGGAGGUCAGGGAAUUUGUCUACUGGGCCCCAGUGUUUCCUCUGCCUCUGACACUCCAGCCCCCCCCCCCCAAUUCCUGCUUCUUGAAUCCUUUUUCAAUUGGAAGACACCAGGAAUUGAACGUGGAACCUUCUGCCUACAAAGCAGGUGCUCUGCUUGCAAUAUCUGGUCCUUUCUGUUUUCAGAGUGUGUUUCCCACCCCCUUCACAGAUGAGUGUUGUAUACAUUUUAUGAAAUAAAAAUAAAAAUUGAGCUGAG